CCGCUAACAUCCAUAUCCCUCCAUACUCUUUCUUCCAACCUCUUUUAUCCGCCACCGCUGCUUCUUCCUUCCUCACCGCUGCUUUCAUAUAUAGACCGCCGCAACCCCUCGCCCACCCUCCCCGCAGUUAGCCCCGUACCUUUCGCGGCCCCGGCCCUUACAAAUCGCACUCGCACACUCGCCCCAUUUCGACAUUGCGCCCGCUCUCCGCCGCCACGUCUCUCUAUCCACUGUCGCCUAACAGUAAACAUCUGGCCCAGUCUGCCUCGCACAGGCCGCCAGUUUAUAUCAGAACCCAUCUUCUUGGCGUUCUUUUUCUUGGCACCACUGUAGCUCCGCAAAUCGACAUUCACGCGAGUACACCACGGCAAAGAUGGGUCUUUUGAGUCAGCGAAUGGAUUCUCUCUCCAUCAGAGGGAAGACUUCCAGACGCAGCUCCGUCGCGUCCCCUGCCGGCACCCCAGCCAGAGACUCGGGCGAGACUCAGAUCGACGAUGGCGACCCCAACGAUACAAGCACUCUCGACCAAGAAGAAGGCAACAUCCUGUUGUCCAUUAUCUCUCAAUUGCGACCUGGAAUGGACCUGUCCAAGAUUGCCCUUCCCACUUUCGUGCUUGAGCCCAGGAGUCUUUUGGAAAGGAUCACUGACUUUUUCUCACAUCCGGAGUUGAUCUUUGGGGCCGGCAAUGACCCCGAUGCAAAACAGAGAUACAUCCGUGUGAUGACAUUUUACCUGAGUGGCUGGCACAUUAAACCCAAGGGCGUCAAAAAACCGUACAACCCUGUUCUUGGGGAAUUUUUCCGUUGCACCUACGUUUACCCUGAUGGAUCGGAAGGAUUCUACAUUGCCGAACAGGUCUCACACCAUCCUCCUGUAUCUGCAUUCUUCUACAUUAGUCCUAAGAAUGGGUUGCUUGUAACCGGAGAGCUUAAGCCAAAAAGCAAGUUCCUUGGUAACAGUGCCGCUACUAUUAUGGAGGGUGAAGACCGGAUACGGCUGUUGGACCGACCCGAGGAUGGGGAGUAUUCCAUCACUAUGCCCAACACCUACGCACGAGGUAUUCUCUUCGGCAAGAUGCUUUUGGAGCUCUGUGACGUGUCUAGCAUUGCCAAUGCCAAGAAUGACUUCCACUGUGAUGUCGACUUCAAGGCAAAGGGAUGGAUAUCGGGUGGUUACAACGUAAUUUCUGGCAAGGUCGUUGGUCCGGGCAGGUCGGACAUUGGGGAGAUUAGUGGCCACUGGUCAUCUGCUAUUGAGUUCAAAGACAAGGACACCAAGGAGAAAAAGGUUCUUUUCGACCCUUCUACUUCACGUGUUGCGCCAAAGAAGGUUUUGCCCGAAUCUGAGCAGGAGGAGUAUGAGUCUAGGAGGUUGUGGACUAAGCUCACUGAUGCUAUCCGAGCUGCCGACAUGCACGGUGCAACCGCCGCCAAGUCCGCUGUAGAAGACCGCCAGCGAGAGCUUGCCAAGAAGCGAGAAUCCGCAGGCGAACCCGCUCACGAGCAAAGAUUUUUCAAGCACGUUGCCGGGGACAAGUGGAUGCCCAAGUUGGACGUUGACAAUUUGCCCAAGGACCGAAAUGAGAUGGAGGAUGUAGUUCGUAAAUGGAUCUUUGGCGACAAGAAUCCCUUGGACUACGAGAGUGUCAAGACGACUCCUCGAGGUUCCCAAUCCACGGAGUCUGGAGCUGCCCCUGUCGCCGCGGGUGAAGCUACUCCCGUCGCUGCGGGUGGAGCUGUUGCUGGCGGAGCUGCUGGAGCUGCCGGUGUCGCUGGCGCUGAUGUUAGUUCUUCCAACACUAGUGUAGCCGAAUCUACAAGAAGUACCUCUACAGAGCCUCCUGCAGUACCCACCGCACCAGGUCCUCCUGUCGGUCAACCAGUUGACCAUCCCGUACCUCCUAAAGCCUAAACCCUUCCCUAGAAUCUCAUCAAACUCCUAUCUUUUUUCCCGCACGAUACCCAACACGCGCGCAAGUCUUACCUGGUGAUGAUGCCUGUAGAGUCGGUCCCCGCGAGUAGAAAGCCGAGAAGUAAUUUUUUCAAAGAGGGUGGGUUAGUAAUGAGGACUAUAUGAAUGACGCGGACGAGCAGAAGGAAGACAGUUAUUCAACCCCCAACUGUAGACUAUCAACUUUUUAAACCUGCUUCAUAUCCAGUCUCCUUUUGCAGGUUUUGCCUUUAUCUUUUGCUCUUGUUUCUAGUAUUUUAUUGCUUGGAUUCAUAAGUGUACGGCUGGGCUCUGACGUCGAGAACGAGUUAACUGUGCUUUAAUGAUACACAUGCAUGAGAAAAAUCGCCGAU